GAAAAUGGUGCAUUGGGAUAAUGAAUAUCUUUUUUUCCCGGUAUGGCCACUGUAUUGUUGGUGUUGCCGAUAUUUUUGGUGAUUUUCGGUGAUAGUUUUCUCUGUAAUAGCAAGUUACCGCCGUCAGUACAGUUGUUGCAGAAAGGGUCUGGCUUAUCUCAUUGCUUGCAUAAGCCAUGGCAGCUUGUUUAGGCGUUGGGGUGUCAUUGUUUGGAGCUUCAGUUCAAAGGAGUAGGAAUUCAUGGCGAGUGCGAGUUAGAAGUGAAAGUGGAGCUUCAGCUGAUUCAGUUUCAGCUGUGGUGAAUGGAGCUUCUCUGGUUGGGGCGAAGGAAGGAAGUUGGUCUUCAAUAGAUAAGGGCAAUGGGGGGUUAAAGUCUGAAGCUGCAGAGAAGAAGAUCAAGUUGAGAGAUGAUGUUCCAGAGAAGUUGGAGCCAUUUUGGGAUGAUGGGUAUGGGACUGUGACUGUGAAAGAUUACUUUGCUGCCGCUAAGGAUUUUACUCAGCAUACUGAUGGCGGUCUGCCUCGUUGGUUUUGCCCUGUUGCAGCUGGAUCCCCAUUAAAGGGUUCUCCAGUUCUUUUGUUUUUGCCUGGACUGGAUGGCACUGGAUGUGGUCUUAUCAUGCAUCAUAAAGCCCUUGGGAAGGCUUUCGAAGUUCGGUGCCUACAUAUUCCUGUUCAAGAUCGAACACCAUUUGAAGGACUUGUGAAGCUUGUUGAAGAAACUAUCAGGUCAGAGCAUACUUCUUCCCCAAAGAAACCGAUUUAUUUAGUUGGGGAUUCAUUUGGAGGAUGCUUAGCACUUGCAGUGGCUUCACGUAAUCCAAAUAUUGACCUUGUUCUGAUUUUAGCAAAUCCAGCUACAUCUUUUGGCAGGUCUCAAUUGCAGCCCUUACUUCCGUUGUUAGAAGCUAUGCCUGAUGGACUGCGUGAAACAGUUCCCUAUCUUCUUGGUUUUGUUAUGAGUGUCCCGUUGAAAAUGUCAACAGUGAAUGUUGAAAGUAAGCUUCCUCCAAUGCAGAAAUUAGAAAAAGUGUCACAGAACUUGACUGCUUUACUACCCUAUCUUUCGGAUUUGGCUAGCAUUAUACCGAAGGAUACCCUUCUUUGGAAGCUGAAGCUGCUCAAAUCAGCUGCUGCUUAUGCAAAUUCUCGUCUCCAUGCUGUUAAUGCCGAAGUACUUGUGCUUGCUAGUGGCCAGGAUAACAUGGUCCCAAGUGGGGAUGAAGCCCAACGACUUCGGAAGUCAUUACAGAAUUGUACAGUACGCUAUUUCAAGGAAAAUGGGCACACCUUAUUAUUGGAAGACGGUAUUGGUUUAUUGACAAUAAUUAAAAGCACUUACAAGUAUCGUCGAUCAAGAAAGCAUGAUGUUAUUUCAGAUUAUCUUCCGCCCAGUUUAGCAGAGUACAAAUAUGCUUUUACUGAAGUGACAGGACUAUUUCAUUUUCUCACUGGUUCUACGAUGUUCUCAACUUUGGAAGAUGGAACUAUAGUCCAAGGUCUUUCUGGAGUUCCUAAUCAAGGUCCCGUGUUGCUAGUAGGUUAUCACAAUUUAUUAGGAAUGGAGCUUAGUCCUUUAGUUGAAGGAUUCAUGAGAGAGAAGAAUCUUGUGGUUCGUGGAAUAGCACAUCCAGAAUUGUUCUUGGGAAGGCUCGAGUCUGAAUCUUCUGAAAUUUCUAUGGUUGACUGGGUGAAAGUAUUUGGUGCAGUACCUGUCACUGCUAACAAUCUAUACAAAUUGUUAUCGGAAAAAGCACAUGUUCUCCUCUAUCCUGGGGGUGCACGCGAGGCUCUUCAUUACAAGGGUGAAGAGUAUAAGCUGUUCUGGCCAAAACAACAGGAAUUUGUGAGAAUGGCUGCUCGUUUUGGGGCUACAAUUGUUCCGUUUGGUGCUGUUGGAGAAGAUGAUAUAGCACAACUGAUUUUAGAUUAUAAUGAUCUGAUGAAAAUUCCUGUAAUUAAUGACAACAUCAGAAAGGCAAAUCAGAAUUCUGCUAAAGUGAGGGAUACGGAUAGUGGAGAGGUUGGUAAUCCGGAUCUUUUCCUCCCUUUGCUCUUGCCCAAGGUACCCGGUCGUUUUUACUACCUGUUUGGUAAGCCAAUAGAAACAAAAGGAAGAGAGGAAAUCCUGAAGGACAAGAAAAAUGCAAACCAAUUGUAUAAUCAGGUUAAAUCUGAAGUCGAACAUAGUUUAGCUUACUUGAUUAAGAAGCGGAAGGAGGAUCCAUACCGAAGCUUUAUUGACAGAACGGUGUAUAAAGCCCUUCAUGCCUCUCAACAUGAAGUUCCUUCAUUUGACCCAUGAGAAAUGACUCUUGAAGGCGAUGCCUGGUCUUUUAUUAGUAACAAUUGGAUGCAACCAUUCUAUCCAAGGUUGGACUGUUGGAGGUUUGCUUUUAAAUAAUUCCAUCCCAAAUGUCAAGUCGUGAUCUGAAGAAGCCUUCAAUGGGUACGAAUUAUGAGCUUGAAUUUGGUUUUGUUCUCCCAUCCCUGCUUGAAGAAGAUGCCUAUACUAAAAACAAUUAGAAACACAAAGGAAAUCCGAACUCUGAUUGAACCACACACAAAAAAGGUCACCUUGUAUUUUUUUAGCUUAUUCUUGUUUCCCAUUUUUUCUAUUAAAUUACAUAGCUAUUGGAAGCUUCCCUGUUUCCUGGAUUUGAAUAUUUGGAAUUGGAUAAGUUCAAUAAAAAGAUUUUACUGGCCUUGUUGAUAUAAAAAACUCCUAGAAGUUGCUUA